AUGGGCAUGGGCAACGUUGAGGAUCCUAGUCGCCGUUGUGUGGGCCGAGCUGAGAAAAUUUUGAGUCGCUCAGGUGUCGUCAAGCAGGCUGCGCCGUUGAGCGUGGCACAGAUCUGCAAGAUUCAUGACCUUCUGCAUGCAGAAGGCACCAGCCGCUGGGACAAAGCUCUGUGUGCUUACUUGUUGCUCUGCUUGUAUGGUCGGGCACGGCAUAGUGACUUCAAAAACAUUGAGCGUGUGGAGUGGGACGUCAAGCCACUGUCGGAGGGAGUUGCCGAGGAAGGUCGCGAGGGUUACAUUGUGGUGUACACUAGGAACCAUAAGACAUCCCGUGCUACCGCAAAGAAACUUAAGCUGCUGCCCAUCAUCAUUCCAGUGUCGGGUGUUCACGGCAGACCGUGGGCCUUUGCGGCGCGCUCUGCCUUCGAGAGGGUUGGGCUGGUUUUGGAAGGGCAUGUCUCAGGCCCGCUCUUCAAACCACCGAAAUCGUUCGAGGAGCUCGGUUUGUGCAACCGGAGUAUCACUUCGGGGGAGGUGUCUGUCUUCUUGCGGUUGGUGCUGAAUCUCCCAGUGGAUCCUCCUGAUGACAGCCCAAAAGUGUCGAGCCACACCUCAAGAGGCAAACGCAUUCGGAGUUCACGGGAACAAGAAGCCGUUGUGGCCACUGGAGGAUUAUUGCAGCUUGGUAGAGUCAAGCCACCAUGCAAGAGUGAGAGUGUUCUGAGUGGAAGUGGUGGCAAGGGCCUCUUGGCUGCCAUCUCACAGCGGCAAAGUGGGCAUGGCCCUGCCGGUUCGCCUGUGGGCGGCCUCCUUAGAGGCUUUGAGGUGAUCCCCGAAGCGGAGUUUAGCACCUGGUCUAGGAGGUUGUUGUUCGAGGCUCAGACAUUGGCGCUCAGCCAGCUACGACUUCAGAUCACUGAGCCCGAGUCCGCAGCCAAGAGAGUGCCGGAGGCAGAACGUGACAGGCGAAUGACCUUGAUGCGAGCAGAGUUGGCGGGCCUCAGCAUCGAGGGCCCGUUGGAGCCUGGUCGGAAGCUGCUCGAUGAGUGUGCGCAUCAAGAGGCUACCGGGCAGCUGAAAUAUUUGGCGCCCCAUGGGUGCGUGAGCAGGAUUCAUGAGGUGACCAAUGCGAAAAACGCAUCGCGGCAGGUCGAGAUCGAUCAGAGCAAGCUGAUUGUGCGAGAAGCACAGGACGAGCUAUCCAUGCCAGCCUCUUCCGCGCUUCAGGUCCAGGAGGCGCUUCGCCGCAGGGGGCUCGCUUACACCUUCGCCCAGGCUUUAUCUUGGAGUGCAUACGACAGGUACCUCAUGCGCCUUUUUAGCCAUAUGCGUCGCGAACCGCCACCAAACCACAACAGAGUAUCAGUGACCCAGCUGGUGGAGGCAGACAGGCUUGUCUUUGUGAAGUUGAUCGAGCAGAACAUCAAACCCAAGAGGGAUGCGUCGGGAUCCUUCCCACUCGACGAUGCCCUUCAUCACGCUCUUGAGUCAUAUGAAGUAAGCUUCGCGCUCAUGCAUCUUCAAAGCAAGCAGGCUCCCCCUACCCGUCCUCCGUUCAAGAAGCUCAAGACUCAGCACGACGAGUCCAGCGUCACCAAGCCGGGUGGCAAGGGGAAGGGUAAAGACAAGAAAGGUGGACACGCGGCCACGCCCUCGGGUGAACCCAUUUGCUUCACCUACUCGAUUCAUGGCAAAUGUACCGUUCAGAACUGCCGUAGGUUCAAAGGUGGUGGGAUUUGGGUGCAGGGGGAUGGCUCCACACCGUGCCCAGGCAAUGCGGAAGCUGGUACCGGUCGCAUCCUCUGUUUCAACCAAGGUGUGAUUAGCUUCGACUCCCACAAAUUUCACGCGACCGAGCCGUGGACCGGGGUAACGCGAAUCCUAGUGGGUUUCACUGUCAAGGGGUUUGAAGCUUUACCGCCCACGCUCAUCCAGGCGCUGCAGCAGGCCCACUUUGCACUACCCGAUAUCGGGACCGCCGACAUCUUCCACGCCACAUCGAGUGCACCGGCAUUUCCCGUAUGCUUGGAAUUGUUCUCUGGUCUAGGUCGGCUGACCUCCCACCUCAGGGCCCAUGGGUAUCCAGGUCCGUCAGCUGUUGAUGUCCAGCCUAGUUCGUCGGCCGCCUCUGUUGCGCACAAUCUUGAUGUUACUCGUGCAGCACCCUUGAUCCAAGAGUGGUUACAAUCGCCCUAUGUUGCGGUUUUGCACAUUGCUCCACCGUACUUCGUCGAGCCUCAGCUCGCCUGGGCCAUGGCCAUAGCUGCGAUUGUUGACACGGCAGUGACAUGCAACCAAGUGGUUUCCAUCGAGCUGCCGGCUACCAGCCCUUUUUGGUCCACGCCCGAGGGCCAGCGAGUGUGCCAACAUUGCCCGCAUGUCACAUCGUUCAACUUGUGUUGCUUCAGUGCCGAUUCGGUUUCCACUCGCAUUGCCAGCAACCGCACUUGCUUCCAAGCACUCAGUCGGCCGUGCAAAGGUCAUCAAUCCAAGCUGCCGCCCGAAACAGGCGAUCGUGUCUUCUCCUGGACCUUCGCUGAAUCAGAGGCCACAUUCAAGAAAUCCCUGGCACCUCAUGUUUCAUCCAUCUUAGCCCCUAAGAAGCUCUUGCUGUGGAAGGAGUUGAUGGAGGAAUACGGUUACCCGGACAAAGAAGUGUUUGACGAAGUCACCCAAGGCAUUUUGCUGACGGGUGCUACACCAAUCACCGGGGUAUUCCCUCCUGUCUUUAAACCCCCCACGAAGUCAGCUUGGGAUCUCUGUGAUUGGGGACCGUCGUUACGGGCUAAGAUCCUCGAUCGUGUUAGACCGCAAGGUGAGGAAGAUGCUGUGGUGCACGCGAAAACCGUUGAAGAGCGUAACAAGUCCUGGGCCAAGGGCCCGUUGUCCCGAGACGAGCUUGCUCUCGACUCUCUUGUUAGCAGGCGGUUUGGGCUUAAGCAAGGCGCGAAGGUUCGCUUGGUGGAUGACAUGUCGGCUAGUGGGGUUAAUGAAUUAGUGAUGGUUCAUGAGUCCCCCAAACCACAUGGGCCCGACGUUAUCGCGGGGGCGGCUUUGGCAGCCAUGCGCAAAAUGCCUCAGGAGCCCCUUUCCGCCAGGGCGUACGAUCUGCGAUCCGCUUAUCGACAAUUGCCGAUCCACCCGCCCUCGCUCAAACAUGCGCUUGUCAGUCACUGGAAUCCCGAGCAGUGUUCUGUGGAAGUCGAUCAAUUGUUGGCUCUGCCGUUUGGAGCGGCACGGUCCGUAUACGGGUUCCUCCGUGCCGCUACCUCAGUAUGGUGGUUGGGGUGCACUUGCCUCGGCCUGAUGUGGAGCGUCCUUUAUGACGAUUUCGUCACUCUGGCCAGAACGCGCGAUGUUCGCCACACGGAUGCAGCCGCCACCGCGUUCUUCCACCUACUGGGGUGGCAGUUCGACGAGUGUGGGGAGAAGGCUUUCGAGUUCAGCCAAGUGUUCAAAGCUUUAGGUGUGUUGUUCGAUCUUAGCAAUGCCCACUUAGGUCAAGUUUUGAUCAAGAACACCCCGUCGCGUAUCGACGAGCUAGGCCAACUCAUCACCCAGAUAGUGGACAGCAGGGCCUUGUCCAGAGCUGUCAUGCAGUGGUAG